AUGUGAAGAAAAGUAAACCGGAAGCGAAGGAGUUGAGCAUGCUUUUGUAUGUUCCAUUUUUAAGAACCUGUAUUAUUCCUAAAUGAAGGACAUAUCUGUUUGAUAAUUGUUUUUUAACUAAUCUAAACGCUUAUUUUAACAUGUUCCAAUUACUGUCAUGAAGUACGGCUUUAUAAACUUAUAAAAGGCUUCAGAGAUACUUUUAUCUCCUGUAAUGUAAUAAUGUUGGGCUCGUCACUCAUCUAAAGUAAAACCUGUGUAAAUCUGAAGCUAUAAGAAUUUCUUGUAAAAUAUCAUGGCACAAUUAAAAGAUGAAGGAGUUGGAUCAUCGGCCACUGAGUUUCCUCAUCAGUCCACAGAUUCAUGUGAACGGAUUUUGUCAAAAGAAGAGAUGGACAAACUGAAGAAAGACCAGGUUUUGGUGUCAGAAUUUAAGCAGCAAAAGUUGGAGAUUGAUGCUCAAAAAAACUGGGACUUAUUUUACAAAAGGAAUAGCACAAACUUUUUUAAAGACAGACACUGGACUACACGGGAAUUUGAAGAACUUAAAGCUUGCAGAAAGUUUGAGGCUCAGAAGCUGGUGAUGCUGGAGGCUGGAUGUGGAGUUGGCAAUUGUAUUUUCCCUUUGUUGGAAGAGGACCUCAACAUCUUCAUCUAUGCAUGUGACUUUUCACCUCGAGCUGUACAGUUUGUGAAAGAAAACUCUCUGUACUGUCCAGAGCGAUGUCUGGCAUUUCAGUGUGAUCUGACUAAAGACGACCUCCGUGCCACCAUUUCAGAAAAUAGUCUGGAUGUUGCCACUCUGAUAUUUGUCCUGUCUGCUAUUCACCCUGACAGAAUGCAGCAAGCCGUGGAAAACAUUUAUCGGGUAUUAAAACCAGGAGGAAUCGUCUUGUUCAGGGACUACGGCCUCAAUGAUCAUGCCAUGCUGAGGUUUAAGUCAGGGAGCAAGCUUGGGGAGAAUUUCUAUGUGAGACAGGAUGGCACUCGUUCCUUUUUCUUCUCCAGAGAGUAUCUGGCCAAUCUGUUUCAGCGGGCAGGGUUUCACACUCUUGUAAACGAAUAUGUUCUGAGAGAAACUGUGAACAAAAAGGAAGGACUGUGUGUUCCACGGGUAUUUCUCCAGAGUAAAUACCGCAAGCCUGAAUGACUGUGGUUUUCAAGAGUGCUUUAUAAAUAAAUACAUUGUUCACAAUUCAGUAAACCAUAGCCCUGUCAUUACUAUCUUUUAACACAAGAGGCCAUCACGACAGCAUCAAUGAAUGAUUAAUCAAUAAGUCUAUCAGUUUAUCAAUUAGUAAACAAACACUGAGCUGUAAGCUGUAGAUUGUAUGAAUUGGAUUUUCCAUUAAUUAAAAACGAUAAAACAGUAUGAUUGAAA